AUGAAGAAGUUUUUGCAAAACAAAAAAGGCAGAUACUCUUUCCGGCGGGGCUCUCGAUAUCCAUCUAAGGAUUUCUUCCUCAGCAUGCCGUCGUCCAACCAGGCCUGGCCUGACGAGUUCGGCUUCCAGCUGGGCGGCAACGGACCCAGUUACAUCCUGUCUGUGGAGGAGGGCAGCAGUGCCCACCUGGCGGGGUUGCAGGCAGGGGACCAGGUCCUGGAGAUCGAGGGCCACAAUGUGUCGACGCUGGGUCCCCAAGCUCUUGUCGCCAUCGCCCAGACUCAGAAGAACAUCCCUCCUAGUAUCGGGGUGGUGUCCCGCAUACAGCAGAUGGACAUCAUACCAGGUCCGGACGGUCGUUUUGGGUUCACCAUUGUGGGAGACUGCCCCCUGCUGGUGGAGGACUGCUCGCCUUGCUCUCCAGCCGGCCGCGCAGGUCUGAGGGCCGGGGAUUACGUCAUGGAGGUCAACGGCAUCCCCGUCAGGCAGCACGAGACGGCCGCGGCGCUGAUCAAGGCCUCCCAGGGGCGGACGCUCCGUCUGGGGGUGCUGUGUCUCAGCCCGAGACAGAAACGCAGCAUCAGCAUAGAGGACAGUCAGAUGGGAGGAGAGGGAGCGAGACUGGACCGUAAACAUAAAGCUCUGGAGUUCAACAGGAGGGUGGACCAGAUCUUAGGAGACGAACCCGAGGUGAAGGAGAAACUCUUUACUGUGCUGAAGCAGUACGCAGCCGAGAAGAGAGUUGAGUGGUUGGCCUCGGUCCUGCCCGACAUACUCGCCACUGAUGACCAUCGGCAGCUCAUCUCCAGCAUCAGAAUCUUCAUUCCCAAGAAGCACCGGCAGCGCUUCGACGAGGCCGUGUCCCAGAACGUGAUCAACCGAAUCUGCCGCAGCAAGAGUAUCAGUGAGCCGCAGGGCAGAAUCCGGCGCAGCCGGAGCGAGGAUCACUCCGACCGCCACCACGGGUCCAAACGGGCCAGCUCAGUGCCCAGAGAUGGAGAACCCGGGGGGAGGGGGGAGGCGGAGAGAGACAGGGGCUUAAGAAAGUCUGCCUCUGGGAUCCCACCACAUCCCCCCAUUGGACCCAAUCAGAGGAUCCUUCGUAUCUACCGCGGGAAGAAGAGCUUCGGCUUCACACUACGAGGUCACGCCCCUGUCUGCAUCGACUCCGUUAUCUCAGAUAGUCCUGCUGAGGAAUGUGGACUGAAAAUAGGCGACCGUAUCCUCUUCCUCAAUGGACUGGACAUGAGGAACUGUUCCCAUGAGAAGGUGGUGUCCAUGCUGCAGGGCAGCGGGGCGAUGCCCACCCUGGUGGUGGAGAAGGCUCCGUCUGAGUACUCCUCAGACCAAACCGACCCAGAGGAGUCUCCAAGCCUGGCUCCCGCAACGCUUCCGCGCUCUAGGUCUCCAGCCCUCAGCUCUCUGCAGUGGGUCGCCGAGAUUCUUCCACCGAGCAUCAAAGUCCACGGGCGGACCUUCAGCCAACAACUGGAGCACCUGCUGACCAUCCAGGAGAGGUACACAGUCUGCAAGUCCCUGGAGACCUUCUUCCAGCACAGGAAUGUGGACACUCUGAUCGUAGACGUGUUUCCGGUGUUGGACACGCCGGCCAAACAGCUGAUCUGGCAGUUCAUCUACCAGCUGCUGACGUACGACGAACAGGAGCGCUGCCAGGGCAAGCUGUCGCGCUUCCUUGGUUUCAAGAGCAGUGCCGUGUUGGAGCCUGACGUCGGCCCGGAGCACCACCGGAGGAGCAGCUCCAUGCGCGUGACGGGCACGUCGUACCGCGGCAUCGUUCGGGAGAGGAGCUCUGACGACUGCAUCAUCGGAACUCACCUGGGAAUGGGAAUUCAUGUGGAGGAAUCUGGGAGCCCGGAGGAGAGGCAGUCAGGAGACGGAACCUCCUUCCCCGAGUCCCCCGACCUCAGUCAUAUGACAGGGGUGUACACGGAGCUGGAGAACGUGUACGCAGGGAAGAGUGUGUCGCCACUGCAUGGCGGCUCCUCAGCAGAACCAGAGGGCCCGGGACAGACUGAGGCCUACGGGCGCUCACUCUCCCCCCUCACUCUGCCCCCUCUCAAAGGGAGUCGUAAAUCCGGCCUGUCCCUGUCCUGGAAGGAGCCUCUCCCCACUCCCGUGUAUGAGAUCCACCACCAGAGCAGCGUGGACUCCAACCCCUACGUCAGCCUGGAAAGCCCCCCCGCUUCCCCUCAGCCCUCUGACGGCGGCCCCGGCACGCUGACCCGCCGCAAGAAGCUGUUCACCUUUUCCCGCCCGCCUCGCAGCCGGGACACAGACAAGUUCCUGGACGCUCUGAGCGAGCAGCUGGGCCACCGGGUCACUCUGGUGGAUGAUUUCGUACCCAGGGAGAACGACUACGAGGAGAUAUAUCAAGGUGGUUGUCAUGGUUUCAGAAGAAGAGGGGUGCCUAUGAGCUUCCAGGAGGACCAGGACUUGGGCUUCAUGCCUCGCCAGCUCAGCAGUGGCAGCAGUGAGGACCAGAGUAGCAGCGACGAGGCCUCCUCUCCCUCCUACUCCUCAGGAUCUGAACCCAUCCCGCCACCCCCCACCCAGAGCCCCCCGCCGCCCCCGCCUUUCCAAGCUCUGAUACCGCCCCCUGUCCAAUUCACUGACCCCGUCCCGCCGGUCCGCUUCUCCCCUGAGCAUGUGCCCCGCAGCCGCAUGCCCUUCCAGCCUCAACACCCCAUCAUCCCCCCUCCCCCGCCCCCUCCGAGGACCAUUCUGUCCAGCCGCCCUCCUCUAAACAAAGUGCUUCCCACCAGAGAAGAAGCAGAGAAUACUCACCAGCGCUUUCAGAGCACCAACACGACCCGCCUCUCGCACAGCCACACCGCCCUGGGUACCACCACCCUGCGCUCCUCCCAACCGUCUCGCCCCUGCUACCUCCCCCGGCAGCUCAGCCAGCCCCAGCCUAUCCUCCAGCCCAUCCACCAGCCCUCCACCCAGCAGCUGAGGCCGAGCCAGCUCGUCCUCCAGAGACACCACCUGCUCCACCACCAACACAGCUACCAGGGCCCGCUGCCGCCGUCCCUCCAGGAUCACAGCUCGUCCCAGUGUCAGAGCCAAGGCCCCGCGGACUCCUCGCUGAUCUCGAAGCAUCCGGCCUCUCACUCCACCCUCCCCAGUCACACUAAAACCUAUGAAACCCCACGACAGGAACACCCGUCACAACAGGCACCGCCUCCCCCGCCUCCACCGCCUCCACCCCUUCCUCCACCUUGUGACCCGUCUCCGCUGCCCAAGCCGGGCCACCACGCCUCGGACACCAACCACAUGAGCGUGAAGAGGCUGCGUUGGGAGCAGGUGGAGAACUCUGAGGGAACGAUAUGGGGUCAGCUCGGAGAGGACUCGGACUAUGACAAGCUCACUGACAUGGUGAAGUUCUUGGACCUCGAUCUGCACUUUGGGACUCAACGGCGAUCCAAGCCGGCCUUCUUGCCAGAGAACUUUAAAAAGAAAGACGUGGUGGAGAUUCUGUCUCACAAGAAAGCCUACAACGCCUCCAUCCUCAUCGCCCACCUGAAGCUCUCCGCCAGCGAGCUGCGUCAGGUCUUGAUGAACAUGACCACCGACCGGCUGGAGCCGGCUCACAUCAAGCAGCUGCUGCUCUACGCCCCGGACGAGGAAGAGGUCAAACAGUACGAGCAGUUUGAACAGGACCCGGCCAAACUGAGUGAGCCCGACCAGUUCAUUUUCCAGAUGCUGAUGGUGCCCGAGUAUAAAACCCGUCUGCGAAGCCUCCACUUCAAGACCACCCUGCAGGAGAGGACGGAGGAAAUGAAGGUUGCGUACGAUUACAUCUACAAGGCUUCGGUGGAGCUGAAGAGCAGCAAGAAACUUGCCAAAAUCCUGGAGUUUGUACUCGCAAUGGGGAAUUACCUCAACAACGGCCAGCCCAAGAGCCACAGGACGACGAGCUUUAAGAUCAACUUCCUCGCCGAGCUAAGCACAACCAAAACGGUAGACGGGAAGUCCACCUUCCUCCACAUUCUGGCCAAGUCCCUGUGCCAACACUUCCCUGAGCUGCUCAACUUUUCCAGAGACCUCACAACGGUGCCUCUGGCCGCCAAGGUGAACCAGAGGGUUAUCACAGCAGAGCUGAGUGACCUUGGCUCCACCAUCCUGGACAUCAGGAAGGCCUGUCUGAAAGUCCCAUCCACCUCCGAGGACCACUUUGCCUCCGUCAUGAGCAGCUUCUUAGAGAACAGCCAUCCUGCAAUCCAGUCUCUGGAGUCUCUGCAGACCCAAGCGAUGGAGGAGUUCUCCAAGGUGGCUUCCUUCUUCGGCGAGGACAGCAAGUCCGCCAACACGGAGUCCUUCUUCGGCAUCUUUGCCGAGUUCGUGUGCAAGUUUGAGAGAGCACUCACUGAAACCCAGACUCCAGACAACCCCAGGAGCCCCAGGCUGUCGUCCCCUCUGGCCUGGUGAAGGCAACACAUGCAGCCAGACGGCCGGUCGGAUCGGUUUUCACUCUGCUCUCCAUAACCAAAGUGCCAAGAUCACACACGCACACACACACACAGGGAGACACUCAGCCCAACGGGAACAGAGACCACGUCUGCUUUAGCAAACCGGAUGAAGAUACACUGUAUUAAUCUGUAGAUAAGCACAACAGCUAACGAGCGUGCUGCUAUAUUACUGUUAUUUCAGGUGCCGGGGAGAGCGGGAACAUUCAGGUGUCCACAGGUCAACGGGAACUCACCGCACACUGAUGACUCAAACCAGUCUUUACAUUAUUUACAUCUUUAAUACAAACAUUACAUACAGUACAUAGUAAAAAGGUACGUUAGAGAAACCAUCCAUGCACAUUUCGAUGGCUCCAGUGCAUCUUGAUGCUGCAUUACAGUGAGAUGUAAGUAAUAAAAACAACUGGUCUGGAUGUUUAGAUGACUAUGUUUAAAUACAUGACAAUAUAAAGUUUAUAUUUUCUAUCAGAACAUAUUUGAAAAUUGUAAAGAUGAAGCGUAGAUGUAGACUGACAGUUAUCUAGAAGCAAGGUGAUUAGCAAGUGUAGUCGGCGCGUACGGAGCCAGCGGUUCCUCCAGCGGUGCACUCACUGCUCCCCAUACAUUAGAAGUAAUAUAUAUCUGGGGGGGUUUAUACUGUCAUGUAUCCACACUCAGCAACUGGGAUCCCUGCACUACUAAAUUUCCAUCUGAAUUUGUGAAACGUCCAAAAUAAAUUCAAAGAGAUGGUAUCAUUGAAAUAAUUCCAAAUUCAGUGGUAUUUCAGCUCCGCAUGAAGUAUUCAGGAGUGAUUUAACUUCACAAUCGUCUCUGAAGUUGCUUCUAGAAUUUAAAUGUCCUCACUUGGUCUCCUUCAUUUGCAACGUAAAUGACAAUAACACAUGUUCAUAGAAAAGAAUCCCAUCGGCCACCAUACUGCGGACCAGGAAAACCAGUGGGCUUCACUGGCUAAGACACGGGUCGGCCUUGUAGACUCCGGUGGUCGCGUGCCAACUGGACUCAAUCGUGACCAUAAGCAGCCAAUGAAAUCAGUCCGAUCCGGCCGGUGUGCGGCAUGUGGACUCUGUCAGCAGCCAUUCGCUUGCAUGGAUUCAUUCAAUGACAUAUGUAUUUGCCAAACAUUAUUCAGAACACCCUCCACGGUGAGCAUGUGGGGAAAUCUGGCUCAAAAAAGCAUCCGUUUCAUAGAAGGUGUUUUUAUCAGCACAGCAAGGCGAGCGGCAGCUUUAUUGUGACUGAGCUGCCUCUCUUGAGUGUUAUUGAACACAGCCGGGGUUCAACAGGAUGGCGGCUGCUGAACCAUUAAAAAAUUAUGCAUGUGGAAAAAAAAGAAAACAAAGAAAAAGUUGUAAAUGGUAGUUUCCUGCUUUUCUGGUCGCCAUGGUGAUCUCUUGACUCAUCUAACGUACAGAAUACCUGUAGCUGUGUUGUAAUUAUGUUGAACUAUUGUCGAGUGUACAUUUACAGUUUUUGCUAUGCACAGCUCAUCAUUUUCAUUUGUUUUGUGUGUCUUUGUUUAUUUUUCUUAUUCAAGAGUGUCAUCUGGAAAUGUACCAUUUUAUUUAUUCUUUAUGCGCGGCUUCAGUCCGGCUGACGAGGUGACUGACCUCGUAAAACAAUGCAAUCCUAGCUGCUACUCGUGUGUAACGGUGCAUCUUGUCCAAAACAAUUGCAUGUCGGUGCAGUUCAUGUUAAGAUGUGCAGCUGGUAGCAUUUCCCCUCCCUGGAUAUAUUUAGGUUUAAAGUAAAUAUAGUUACGUUAGGUUUAUUUAUUGGUUGCCUACAAGCUCCCUUUUAUAAUCGUUUCAUAUGUUUAACGUUUAAGUUUUGUUCAACGCUUUCAAAUAAAGGAUACGUUUUUGAUCUAUAAAGAAAUAUGCUUGAAAGUAAAAACUGCCGUCAUUGGUUGUAC